CGACGAGUUGUCCGAGUGCGGGCCUGAGAGCACCAAUAACAGAUGUCUGGUGGAAUAUUCUCCCCCUUGGAUAAUCUGUACGAUUUGGACAAUGCAAAUUGCCACCCCCUGGUCUGUCAUCUCUGCUAUGAACAGUAUGAACAUCCUUGCCUGCUGGACUGCUACCAUACCUUUUGUGCCACCUGUCUGCGGGGUAGGGCUACAGAAGGACGCCUCUCCUGCCCUCUCUGUGGACGUCUGUCAAUUGUGAAGGGUACCAGUGGGCUCCCAAAGGUAGAUCGAUUGUUGAAAUUCUUGGUUGAUAGCUCAGCCGACUGCGAGGAGAUUGUGCAGUGUGCAAACUGUGACCUGGAGUGCAAGAAGCAGGACGCAGAUGCCAUGUUUUACUGCAACACAUGUAACCAACCUCUCUGUAGUUCCUGCCGAGAUGAUACCCACAGAGCAAAAAUGUUUGCUCGGCAUGAGAUUGUCACUCUCGCCAAACGCACCAAGGAGCUGCACAAGAAAUGUCCUCUUCAUGAGGAACCAUACAUCAUGUUCUCUACGGAAAAGAAGUCCAUGCUCUGCAUCAACUGCUUCCGGGACAUGCAAGUUGAGAGCCGAGCCCACUGUAUCGACAUAGAGACUGCCUACGUGCAAGGUUGUGAGAAGCUGGACCUAGCUGUGAUGGCAGUAAAGGAGCUUCAAACAUCUACACGAGAGGCCAUCAUUCUUCUGAAAGCCAUGAUUGACGAAGUGAGACUCAAUGCCAAUGAAGAGGAGUCGGCCAUCAGCUCACUGUUCAACAGUAUGCAGGAAAAAUUAGCUGAGAAGAAGAAAAUGUUGCUCAAAACUGCUCAGAACCAACAUGAAGAGAAAGAGAAAGCUUUUAAAGAGCAGCUUUCGAAUAUGGCUGCACUCCUGCCCACUCUUCAGGUCCAUCUCGUCACCUGUUCUGCUUUCCUCAGCUCUGCCAAUAAAUUUGAGUUCCUGGACUUGGGCUAUCAACUGAUGGAGAGGCUGCAGAAGAUUGUUAAACUACCCCAUCACUUGAGGCCAACACAGAGCAGCAAGAUCAACACAGAGUACAGGUCAGAGUUUGCAAGGUGUCUUGAACCUCUGCUCUUCCUGAACCAAAGGCGUUCUGGAUCAGUGACAGGAGGUGGCUCAGGAACAGGAAUUAACAAUGGAUCUGGAAUGAACUUAGUGGGCACGAAGACAUUUCCAGCUUCUGCCUCUCCUGCAUCCCUGAGGGACAUGUCCCUGACAAAUGCUGUGACGUGCAAGCCUACCUCCCAUCGCUACAUUAGCACCAAGGUCCUGCUGGCAGAGGGAGGGCACAGCCCCUUCAUGGAGCAUUGCCGGAAUUACGAGAAUACUUUCAGGGCCCUACAGACAGAACUACAGACACUGAAAGACCAGGUGCAAGAGAUGCACCGUGAUCUGACCAAGCACCACUCGCUCAUCAGGACAGAUGCAAUGGGUGAGAUCCUACAGAAGUCACUGCAAAUGGAUACUCAGAUUUCCUCCCAGUACUCCUCUGUGGAGACCAUGAGGACCAUGUUUGAAGAGGUUUGGGAGGAAACCUAUCAGAGAGUUGCAAACGAGCAGGAGAUUUAUGAAGCACAACUUCAUGAUCUGAUGCUGCUCAAGCAAGAGAACCUGUACCUAACGACAAUCACCCGCCAAAUCAGCCCAUACAUUCGCUCAAUUGCCAAAGUGAAGGAACGCUUGGAGCCCAGACUUAAAGAGCCAAAGGAGAUGAAGGAUGACAGAACAGAUAACAUGCUGAAGAUUUAUGAUGAAGGGUCUAUUAUGACUUCAGAUGGACAGUACAGGAAUGACCUUGCUUGCAUGAGUGAAGAUAAGGAAAAACUGAUUGACAACAAAGACAUGGUUAUUGACAACCGAACUCUAAAUAUUCUGUCCGAGGAUUCUGAAGUGAAAUGCAAAGACUUGUAUCGCACAACAAAGCUGAAGAGUGGAUUGGACAGCCCUGACAGAAAGGAGCUCACCUUAUAGUACAGGAGCACAAGAGACACAUCCUUCCAUUAAUAGUGACAGCUACAGAUUGUAAAUACAACAUAUUGAUUUUACCAUGGCUCUGGAAGCUGUUUCCUAUUCAUAAAC